GUUUUUGAUUGGUUGUGGGUCCUUCCUCCCUAGCCAUACAUUCGGCAGGAGGAGGGAGAACGGUCGACAGGAGGGAGCCUAGGUCGGGGAAACUGAUGCCUGUUGUGUGUAGCUGCCUGGCGUGUGAUGCGCUUAAUUCGCUGGAUGGUUUGAAACAGCAAAGGAAAUGGUCCAUCCAUCCAUCCGUCCAUCCAUCCAUCCACCGGUAUGUGUGUGAAUGCAACGCUGCAGCCGGGCCAUGGACAUAGGCAUGCGCGGCCAACACCACGCAUGCCCAUGUCCAUGUCCAUGAGGCAGGCAGUCCAUCCACCAGCACACACAUCACAUGCACACAUACGUCACGGAUUCACAGACAGCCAGCCGAUGGGAUCACCCAUAUAAAUCACACAUGCACACAUUGCAAAAUGACCACUAAAGCUCUGUGUGUGUGUUCCCAUGUGAUGUGUGUGUCCCGCCAGCCCGUGAGAAGAGAUAGACGGUGUAGCUGGCUGGUCAGCUAUCUAAUGCUGUCCUGUCAGCCAGCAGAAGUGUCCCCCUCCCUCUCUGCCAUCUCCCCCCGUGCUGUGUCUGCCUGUCGACGAACGUAUGUUGGUUAGUGCCCGUGUGUAGAUCAGAUGUUCUGGUGGCCCAUGCUUCUGUGAAAGCUAGUCGUCCUACCCCUGGCCGUGUGCCGGCUCGUGUGUGUGAAAGUGAUCAAUGGCAACGACACCCGCCACCCGCACAGCAAGGCUUGCACUUGCCGCCGAAGCACUUGCACUUUGUGCCGUCGCUGAGGUUACAAGGGGUCCCAUCGGCCUUCCCGCCGCAGGCGGCUGUAUUGUUGAUACAGUCUGCAUGCAGCCGCACACACACGAUAAUGAUCAAAUGUCAUUGAAUGAACCAACGAACGCAUUGUGUGUGCGUCAGUUACUUCCAGUGGUGGCAGUGUCGGCGGCCUCGAUGGCUUUCAUGGCCGCGGCCAUGCGCUCCUGGGCGGCGGUGUUGAGCUCCUGGGCGGCGGUGUUGAGUUUGUGGGCGGCGCUGAUGGCCUCGACGGCAUUGUCCAGCUGCAGCUGCACCAACGACAUCUGCUGGGCCUUCAACGCCGACAACUCAGUGGACGCACCGCCUGUGGUGAUAAUGUGGAUACACACAGACAGAUCCGAUUCAAUGUCAUCACGUGGAUGGAUGGAUGGACGUGCGGGGGCCACCUACCGAGCUCUCCUUGCCCAACCGACACUUCUGCAGCCACAGAUCAGCCACACCCAGCCAAAAGCACACAAGAUGGGCAGAUCUGCCAUGGCGCAUGGUCGGUCCGGUGCGUGUGUGUCCCCCCUCUGCUUGCCUCCGUAAUCGGUGCGCUUGGCCGCCAUGAGAGGCUGCACAAUGGCCAGCCAGACCACCAGGAUGAGACCAAUGAGGCCGAAACGCUGGGUUACCAUCAUGGCCAACGGCUCAGCAAACGUCGCUGACGAUGUGCUCACUCGGCGGGUAAGAGAUCUCUUUAAACUCACGAAAAGCUGUUUGGAAGCAAAAAAGUUGGUGGUGGUUAAGGGUAAGAGUUGCUUAACCUCCCGUCCCUGGCCGUAAAUUAUCGCGCCUC